AUGCCCCGACCAGGCCUCCCACUCACUCCUAGCUCCUCAUCUGAUAUCCAGGGAAAGGACGGAACUCAACAACUCGCUUCUUUCCAGCUCUCUUUCGAGCUGCCGCCUCCAGCGAUCCAUGACGCAUCUCGCACAUCGCCCACGAUACCAUCCCAGGUUUCGCCAACAGAUACAAAGUCGCGCCAAAUCGGUACUACUUCACCAGGCACGACAUAUCCAAUGCAGCCAGCCGAGGCUGUAAAGGCUCGACGUCGUUCAUCGGCUGCCAGAGAUGCCAAAGAUAACUCAUUUGCCCUGCCGCCUCCGCCAACUCGAUCUCGGAAGAUUAUCCAGAUGAAACCUCGACAGGAGGGAAGCGGUGAUAGUUCCAACAAAGAAAAGGCGAAGACGACAGGUAAAAGCAACGCAGCUGCGAAAACCACAACGGCGGCGGCGAACUCAAAAGCUGCUGCAGUACCUACAGGAGAAGCGGUCACAGAUGACAAGUCGAAGAAGAAGCAGCCCAGUGCCACAAGUGCAGCAGGACGGAAAAUUGCAAGAAAAACUGCACACAGUCUGAUCGAACGUCGGCGGCGAAGUAAAAUGAACGAGGAGUUUGCUGUACUUAAGGGCAUGAUCCCGGCUUGUACAGGAGAUAUGCAUAAGCUAUCCAUUCUUCAGGCCUCGAUUGAAUACAUCCGGUACUUGGAGGAUUGCGUCUCCAAAUUAAAAGCACAACAGGAUGAAGACAACGGCCAGACAGAGUCCGGUCGCCAAACGCCUACGGGUCGAGAGCGGUUGCCGUCUAUUCGUGAAUUCCACCCAACUUUUCAAGGCGAUCCAGCUGGUGAUGAUGAUAUUGAGAUGGAGGAUUCCGACGCCACGUCACCUGCACUGAAUGCGAUGCCUGAUCAAAGUGCCCGCCAUCCAUCCGUGUCUCCCGCUCUUCCACCUCAAGACUCUCGCCAUCGAGCGCAGUCUUACUCUUCAGCUUCAACAGAUCAUCGUCGAUACAGUUAUAGCGUUUCUGCCGGUACCUCGCCCGCCUUUGGCCCGCAGAUAUAUGGAGCACCACAUUAUGCUCGGAGCGAUGCCUCAGCGCCAGGGUCGGCCUUGACAAGUCCAGCACUUAAUCCCCAAAGCGAGUUGGAUCAAGAGGCCAUGGCGGCACUCCUGAUGUUGAACAACGAUCGCCGGGACUCUAAAGGCCGUGGGUUAUCGGUGCGUGACCUCCUCAGCACAUGA